AUGAUCCCCACGGCAAGAUGUUUGGCUGCCAAACCGGCCGGCUUUAUGAAACGCAGCGCGGCGGAGCUAACUCGCCUGUCGAAGAUCGCCUGGAACUCUGAGGCCCUUCACACGCCCACCAAGCCCUACUACCUCAUGGACUUCGAAGACGAAUCUGCUGUCGCCGGCUGCAAAACGAUGGCCGAUCGUGCUGUCGGGGGUUUCAGUACUGCUAGCCUCGACUUCGUUCCAUCUGACCCCGGAUCGAACUCUCCGGCCCACGCUCGAUUCCACGGAAGCAUAUCCACGCGGCUUCCCAAUAACUGGAGGGUGGAACGAACCGGAUAUGCUGCCUUUCGCAACAAAGACCGGGGCUUCUGGCUCUUCGGUCGACUGUAUUGGGACGUUGACCCGUAUUCCUACCUCGCGCUGCGCGUCAAGUCCGACGGCCGCCGAUACACCGUGAACAUCCAGACCGAUUCGAUCGUUGAGACCGAUAUCCACCAGCACCGUUUAUAUACGCGCCACCACCGCGUCCAGGACCCCUCGAUGUACCGAGACUCGCUACCCCAGGCCCUCGAGGAUCCCGAACUCGCCGACACCAUGUACCCCAGCGGUAUCCCUGCCUCGCUGUCGGACGUGCCCCCAGAGUCGACCAUCAUGACGUCGAGCGCCACGACCUCUGGCUCCACCGGCUGGGAGACUGUUUUCCUGCCGUUCAACUCGUUUGUCCGCACCAACCACGGCCUUGUUGUCGAGCCGCAGACAUCAAUUAUUCGUCAGCGCGUGAAGAGCGUGGGCAUCGGCCUUACGGACCGUGUGGAGGGUCCGUAUGAUUUGCGGAUCCACCGGAUUUGGGCGACGAACGGCAUGAGCAAAGCGGAAAUUGACGAGGAGCGACAGAUCUGCGGGGCGGAUGCUCUGCCCGUGGACGAAGGCGUCGAAAGUGAAUGGCAGGGCACCACGACGGCUGAGAGCCCGGAUCAAACGUCGCAGCAGGGACAGAAGGCCAAGGGCUUGCGGGGAUUGCGUGACGAAUGGGAGAAAUAA